AUGUCUUCCCCAGCCAAGAACUCGGUUCCCCCGACCAGCACCACCACCUCUAACCCGUCUACCACUACCACCAGCUCCAGCAACCCCCUCAACUCGAGCACGAGCAACAGCAGCUACCCUAACAACUCUCUCAGCACCAGCAACCCCAACUCGGCUCUCAACAACACUAACAACACCAAGUCCAUCAACAACAACAACACCAACAACCAGAACAGCGGCUUCGGUAACUCUCUCCCCAUGCCCGGUCUCUCCGGCCCCGCCAACGGACCCAUCGGAAACCUCCUCAAGGGUCCCGUUGACGACAACGGCAAGCUCAAGGACGCCGGCCUCAUGGUCGGUAUCAAGCUUGACCUUGAAGCCGAGGUUCACCUCACGGCUCGGGUCCGAGGUGACAUCCUCGUUGGCCUAUACUAG